AUGAAACUUCGCAUUGAAAUAAAAACAGACGAAGCUGAAUUCCAGAGGUCAACUUCAUUGAUAAUACAGCAUCUGAAACCCGAGAAGAUCCAGAACAGGCCUCAAGAACAGGCCCCCAGAACAGGUCUCCAGGCCCCCAGAACAGGCCUCCAGAUCAGGCCCCCAGAACAGGCCUUCAGAUCAGGCCCCCAGAACAGGCCCCCAGAACAGGCCCCCAGAAAAUGGGCCCGUAGAACAGGUCUCCAGAACAGGCCCCAGAACAUGCCCCUAGAACAGGCCUCCAGAACUGGCCCCCAGAACAGGCCCCCAGAACAGGCCCCUAGAACAGGUCUCCAGAACAGGCCCGCAGAACAGGCCUCCAGAACAGGCCCGCAGAACAGGUCUCCAGAACAGGCCCCCAGAAUAGGCCUCCAGAACAGGCCUCCAGAACAGACCCCAAGAACAGACCCCAAGAACAGGCCUCCAGAACAGGCCCCCAGAAUAGGCCUCCAGAACAGGCCUCCAGAACAGACCCCAAGAACAGACCCCAAGAACAGGCCUCCAGAACAGGCCUUCAGAACAGGCCCCUAG